AUGAUGCAAUUUGCGUUUCAACUCAGGUACUUCAACUCGGUCCAGAGUGACACGUUCAGGGAAGCGUAUGAAUCGGACCACAAUCUAGUCGUUGCAGCUCCGACUGGAUGCGGAAAGACUGUCCUCUUUGAAUUGGCGAUCCUGCGCCUACUGACACGCUUCCUCGAUCGAGACGGAGCAUUUGUUCACCAGCCUGGUCUGCUGAAAACGGUUUACAUUGCCCCAAUGAAGGCACUAGUCCAAGAGAAGCUGGCAGAAUGGGAGGAGAAGUUUGGAGGUCGAUUGGGUCUAUGCUGUCGAGAGCUUACAGGUGACAGCGAUAUCGCGCAACUGAAGGAGCUUCAAGAUGCUGACAUAAUCCUCACGACGCCUGAGAAGUUUGACUCCUUGACGAGAAAGAGAAAUGAUUCAGGAGGCAUGUCAUUUUUCGGGGACAUUGCCCUUGUCCUUAUCGACGAGGUUCACUUGCUAAAUGAGUCAAGAGGUGCCGCAUUGGAGGCCAUUGUCAGCCGAUUGAAGAUGCUAGCCAGAUUCGGCGAGGAAGUGAGACCUGUGCAACUUACCACCAAGGUCUAUGGCUAUCCGGCGGCUAGAAACGACUUCCUCUUCGAGAAGAUGGCUGGCAGAGCAGGUCGGCCUCAGUAUGACGAUACGGGCACGGUUGUCAUCAUGACGAGGAAUGAGACGAAUCCCAAGCAUUACGGGAUCGAGGCCAACGUGAACGAGUAUCAGCUGGAAGAGAAGCUGAAAGGAAUUUGCGUUGAGAACGUCCACGAGCUUGCAAAGUACGGUCUCAUUGAGAUGGACGACGAUGGCUUCGUCCUACAGCCGCUCGAACCUGGGAGACUCAUGGCAAGGUUCUACUUGAGCUUCACAACCAUGAAGCUCAUCACGCAGACCGAAGAAGCGGGCGACCUGCGAGAGCUUCUGUCGAUCCUUUCAAGCGCUGAGGAGCUCUCUUGGAUAAAGCUGAGGCGAGACGAAAAGAAAAGGCUCAACGACAUGAACAACGACUCUUCUGGCCGGAUCCGUUUUCAUGUCGAGGGUCCGAACGGAAAGCCCAAAAAGAGGAUUCAAACGGACCCAGAAAAGAUCUUCGUCCUUGCAAACGAUGCCCUCUCUGCAGAGCCUUCACAACUUGACUUCACGCUUACCCAAGACGUUUCCGGAAUCUGCUCGAACGGCUCCCGUAUUGCACGGUGUAUGAGUGAAUACUUCGCCUCUAAGAAACGCUACAAGGAGACUGUCGCGGCUCUGACGUUGGCAAAGUGUCUCCGUCAAAGGAUGUGGGAAGACAGCACCAACUUGCUGAAGCAGCUUCACGGAGUUGGGACGAUGACACAAAGGGCUCUCUUGGCAGCUGGCUUCUCCACCUUUGAAGCGCUCGAGAAGGCGGACCCGCGCAGGCUGGAGACGAUCACGGGCAGAAAGUACCCAUUCGGAAACCAGCUCAAGCAGGCCCUUCAAGAACUGCCGGCAAGGGUCGCCCUGGAUCUGCAUGAGACGGACAGGCAUCUCCUCGGGCAACACGAGUACCUCGUGACGCUGACCAGGAUCUCGCCGCCGUCCCAGGCGGGGGCCCAGCAGUGGCAUUCGGCAGCUCUGGUGGUCGGGAGCGAGCAAGAUAACAGGCUUUUGGCUUUUGAGAAGAUAAGCCCGUACUACUUCACCGUAGUCGCCAAUAGAAACGCUUCCGGGUCUCCCUCCAACAUCACCGCCACAGUCAUUUUGGAGGACUACGACAGAAGCGCGUGCGAGCAUGCAUGUUGCAAGAGGAACCUGGACUGGACGCAGAGCGAAUGGAACGGAUGGCAACGAUCGCUAUGGACCAGCAGAGGUUCUUCCCACGCCAAAACCGAAAACCUGGUUCCACCAGUGGAGCCCGUUCCUGCAAAGCGGAACAUGUCAGAAGCACCGUUGAACAGUCUGUUCCCUCCGAAACGGAGCAGAAUCUCCUCCUCGAAUCAAGACGGACCCUCCUCAGAGCAACUUCCCGAGCGGACGCGUACUUUCUCGAGCACUGCCAAGCUCUUCUCCCGGCCGUCGGCGCACUCGGACGCAACGCUUUCCGCUCGCUCGGCGCAACCAAAGGUGACGGCCCUCUCUUCCCUCAGAGGGGCUCCUAGUGGAUCCACUUCCUCAGCAGCGGCAGAACCAAGCGGCCCGAGCGCUGCACAGUCGUUUGCCGCGUCCAUGUCAAAGGCAUCCUCCGGAAAGAACCGAGCUCCUGCUUCUGGGUUCUCCCUACGGCAAAACAACGCACCCUUGAAGCGCACAGCCAACUGCGAGCCAGGACCCGAGCGGGAAGAGAAGGCCGUCUGGGAUUCGCCUCCGAGGAAGCUUGAGUUUCAAAACAGGGGUAGCAGGCUCGCUUCGACCGGGGACAGAAGCUUCUGUGACGAAGAGCUUUGCGGACCGGAAAAUCAGGCGGGAAGAGCAGUAACUUCUCGACCGCCUUUGGGAUCUUUCCUCAACGGAGCUGCUCACAGGAAAGCCCCAACCUGGAAGAUGCCGGAUCUGAGAAGGAAAAUCGCGGAAGAGAGUCAGCCGCUCUCGACGUUGACUUUCGAUUCCGCUCUGACGGGGGCCAGAAGCAGAGGCGGACUAGCUGAAGGUCGGAACGUAACCCUAGCUGACGGAGCCGGGAUGCCCUCUCAUUCUGAAGGCAACGGAGGAGGCCGUUCGUACGGAAGCGAGACGUUUCUCGCGUCCGGAUCUAGCCGCGAAAAGGAGUCUUUCACAGAUUCUUUCAGAUCGGACUUUGCUGGCGAGAUUGGCGAAAUGGCUGCAGCUCUGGGGUUCAAGUCGCACUCAGUGAAAGGCUCAAGCACGGAGCCCGCCGUUCUGACUGAGCGUGAAAGCGGCACCAACGCACCCGUCGAGCACUUGGGUGAACGGCGGAAAGAAGACGUUUCACCACUGAUGGUUGAAGCUCCUCGGAAGGUCGGCGGUGUAUCAGAGGCAAUCCCAGCUGCCAUUCCGGAAAGAAGUAGCAUCUUCUCUUUCCUGUGA